UUAUUACCAUUAAAAACUUCACCUUUACCACCAACACAACAACAACAAAUAUUACCUUCUUCACCUACUAGUAUGACCUAUUCUCCACCCAUGUCACCUAUUCAACAACUUCAUUCUUCUUCUUCUAUGAGUUUAUAUUCUAUGGGUAGUGAACAACUUUUGGAUCAUUCUCACUUAAAACCUGGAGAUAAUGCUUCCUUAUUAUCUUAUGCCACCACUAUCAACAUGUAUCGUGCUAAUGCCAAAAAAACAAAUGAUAUGGAAAUACAAUGUGAUUUUGCUAUCUUUUUAGUGGAAGCUGCUAAACGACUCAUCAUGGAACAACAAGAAGAACAAGAAUCAUCUAUACAUGCCUAUUUAACCGAAGCUGAAAAAUUGUUGAAACAAGUCGCUGUUCGUGGUCAUAGCCCAAGUCAAUAUUAUUUAGCAAACAUGUAUUCUUCUGGUCUGUUACACAAAUCCAACAAGUAUGAGUUUGACAAGGCUUUUCCUCUUUAUGUUCAAGCUGCUAAACAUCAUCAUCCAGAUGCCGCUUACAGGACAGCAAAAUGUUAUGAAGAUGGUUUAGGUACUCGACGUGAUAAAGGAAAAGCAGUACAAUUUUACAGAAAAGCAGCCACGUUGAAUCAUCCAGGAGCCAUGUAUCGACUUGGAUUAGCGGAAAUGAAAGGUGAAUUGGGACUCUGCAGCAAUAUUCGUGAUGGACACAAAUGGUUAAAACGAUCAGCAGAAGCAAGUACAGCGGAAUAUCCUCAUGCAUUACACGAAUUAGGCCAUCUUCAUGAACGGGGGGUAGCAUCGAUCAUAUUCCAAGAUCAUGAUUAUGCACUACGAUUAUAUCAAGAUGCUAGUGAUCUAGGGUACGCACCGUCCUGCUUCCGAUUGGGUGAAUGUUAUGAAUUUGGUCGGUUAGGCUGCGCAGUGGAUCCAAGGUUAUCAAUGCAUUAUUAUGGACUAGCGGCUGAACAAGGUCAUCCUCAUGCGUGUUUUGCUUUGACGGCGUGGUAUUUGAUUGGUGUACCUGGUGUGAUGGAACCCUCUGAUGAACAAGCUUUUGCAUGGGCUUUACGUGCUGCUCAUGCUACUCCUGGUUUGGCGAGGGCCGAAUAUGCUGUUGGCUAUUUUUAUGAAGUGGGGAUUGGUAUUGAAAAGAAUCAUUCUAUGGCUUGGGAUUAUUAUCAAAAGGCUGCUGAGCAUGGUGAAAAAAGAGCAAUUCAACGUUUACAAGCAGGUCCACAUCAACUCAAUAUCGAUCAACCUUAUCAACAAACGCAACAAUCUUCUCCUUCUACACCAACCCUUUCUUCUCCUGCUUUUUCUUCUUCUUCAUCAUCAUCAUCAUCAUCUUCUGCACAUCAACAAAAACAAAAACACAGAUAUUCUAUUCAAUCCAUCAAUCAAGUAAUAGAUACCAAUUGGGUCAAGAAAUGGAAACAAAGACUCUCAAGGAAUAUCAAAUCAUGAAUGUAGUGUAGUUUUUUUAAUUUAGUUUAGUUAUUUUUUUUUAUCAUUAUUUUUAUCAUUUUCAUUUUAUCAUCCAUUCCCUUCAUGAUUCUCUUUUUUUUUUUUUCUUCUUCUUCUUCUUCUUCUUCUUCCUCGAUAUGCUACUUCACUUUCUCUUUGUUAUUUAC